GGGAAAAAAAAAAAGGAAAGCAAACCGAAAUAUGUCUGCUGCCUCCCCCACGGACGAGAUCACGAGCGCGGUGGAGAUCAAGCAGGAAAAUGUGAUGGAAAUCCUCUCUGAAGCCAGCAAGGUGCCCCCCGACGGGGCUACGGCGGGAGCCCUCAACCCCGCGCCACCGCCCCCACCCGCCGCAGCCCCGUUCCCCAUGGAGCACGCAGGCUCCGCCGCCGCCGGGGAGGAGGGAGCCGCGGACCAGGUACUGCUCCACACAGAACUCCUGGCCAGGAGUCACCACGCUGCCUCCUCUCCCUCUUCUUCUUCUUCCUCCUCCUCUUCCUCGCAGACCCCCCUGGCCUUCUCUCCGGACCACGUCGCCUGCGUCUGUGAGGCACUGCAGCAAGGUGGGAACCUGGACCGCCUGGCUAGGUUUCUGUGGUCUUUGCCCCCGAGCGAUCUGCUACGUGGCAACGAGAGCUUGAUGAAAGCCCGGGCGCUGGUGGCUUUCCACCAAGGCAUCUAUGCUGAGCUCUACAGCAUCCUGGAGAGCCACAACUUCGACUCCUCCAACCACCCGCUCCUGCAGGAGCUCUGGUACAAAGCUCGCUACACCGAGGCGGAGCGAGCCCGGGGCAGACCCCUGGGGGCGGUGGACAAGUACAGGCUGCGAAGGAAAUACCCUCUGCCCAGGACGAUCUGGGACGGCGAGGAAACAGUCUACUGCUUCAAGGAGAAGUCUCGCAACGCGCUGAAGGAGUUCUACAAACAGAGUCGGUACCCCUCACCGGCCGCGAAGCGCAACCUGGCCAAGAUCACCGGGCUGUCCCUCACCCAGGUCAGCAACUGGUUCAAGAACCGCAGGCAGCGAGACCGCAACCCUUCCGAGACCCAGUCCAAAAGCGAGUCAGAUGGCAACCCUAGCACAGAAGAUGAAUCCAGUAAGGGGCAGGAGGAUUUAUCUCCCCAUCCACUCUCCAGCUCAUCCGAUGGCGUUACCAGCCUCAACCUUCCCAGCCACAUGGAGCCCGUCUACAUGCAGCAGCUUGGAAACACUAAAAUAGCCUUGAGCUCAUCUGGUGUCUUGUUGAAUGGAAACCUUGUCCCUGCCAGUACCUCUCCUGUGUUUCUCAAUGGUAGCUCUUUUCUUCAGGGACCCAACGGUGUCAUUCUCAAUGGACUCAGCGUGGGGACUUCACAGACGGUUACCUUAAACUCGCCCAAAACCACAUCGAGCAUUGUGAGCAACAGUGUGUCCAUUACUGACAUAUUGUCGUCUUCAUCAGAAGAUGUUAAGGACGUCAAACUUCUUCAGGCUUCCGUCCCUAAUGCCACAGCAGCCACGUUCAGCCCCAGCAACAUCCCGGUCUCAUUCCCAGGAUUGAUACCGAGCUCAGAGGUGAAAAGGGAAAGCGUACAAACUGCUGCUUCCCAAGAUGGAGGCUCCGUAGUUACUUUUACUGCUCCUGUCCAAAUAAACCAGUAUGGCAUUGUCCAGAUCCCCAAUUCAGGAACAAACGGCCAGCUGCUGAACGGAAGCAUCGGUUUUCCUUCUCUACAGCUGCCUUCUGUUUCUGUGGCAACUUCACAAGGCAAUGUUUCAGUAAAUCCCAGCACAUCUGAUGGAGGAACCUUUACAACUGAGUCUUCAACAGUGCAGCAAGGAAAGGUUUUCUUCAGCCCCCUGGCUCCGAGCGCAGUCGUUUAUACGGUUCCCAAUUCAGGCCAGGCAGUAGGCUCUGUCAAGCAAGAAGGACUGGAACGAAGCCUUGUGUUUUCUCAGUUGAUGCCAGUCAGUCAGAACACGCAACUGAAUGUAAACAUGUCUUCUGAAAACCUAUCCAGUGGAGGACUCCAGUCCCUGGCCUCCUCCUUAGUGAAUGUAACGCCCUCACAUAAUUUUUCCCUCACGCCACCAACUCUUUUAAAUGCUGCAGAGCUGAACUCUGGUAUCUCGGAGAGCCAGUCCAUGUCAUCACCUGCAACCAGUACCUCUACCGUGAUAUCUAUCAGCAACACUAACUAUGCAACCCUUCAGAACUGUUCCCUCAUUACCAGUCAAGAUCUGUUGUCCAUUUCUACAGCACAGCCCAUGCUGGGAGAAAUAGUUUCUACAAGUGGAGACCGUGUCAGCCACCCCUCCGCACAAGUACACGAAGAUUUUGUCAGAGAGCACAGGUUAGUUCUGCAAGCCGUACCUGACGUCAAAGAGAAUUUCUUACCUAAUUCUGAGAGUAAGCCAACUGGCAAUUUAAUGAUGCUGGAUUCAAAAUCCAAGUAUGUGAUGAAUAACAUGGUUGACACGGUUUGUGAAGAACUGGAAACGGACAAAAAAGAACUUGCCAAACUGCAGACAGUUCAGAUGGAUGAAGAUAUGCAAGACUUGUAAUUUCUAUUUUUUCCCCCUUGCUUUCUGUUUUAAUAGAUAAGUCUCCUGUUGAGGCUCUAACAAGCACCAAGUGGGGUUAUUGUUUUGUUGGGGUUUUUUUGUUUGUUUGGGCAGUUGUUGGUUUUGUUUUUUUCAUUUAAAGAAAACAGAAGAACAUUUAACUGGUCUGAAUUGAUGUACAGAGGAAUCUCCAGCGAUGGAAUUAUGUUGCCACACUUGGUUUGCAUGCAGUAUUCUCUUUUAAGCAGCUUAAAGGAGAAAGGAAAUGCCAGGGCAAGUACCAAACAAAUGGGUACAGGUUUGGCUAAGAGAGACUACUCUGAUAAUUUAACUAGACUCUCCAUAGUACAAUAUGCUCUCAACAGUAAGUAUACACUCCUAACUUUAGGUAGAAAACCAAGAUCUCUCUCCAGAAAGGUAGAAACAAUGCAGUCAGUUUUGCUGUUUACUUCUAGUCUGUGGGCAUUGAGAAGUUUUUAAGGAACUCUAGACGAUACCUCACCGGCUACUUUUAUGUUGUUUGAGGUUAAGAAACGAAACAAAAUCAUAAAUAAUAUUGUUACUGCUGUGUUUUGUUUUGUUGGUUUUUUUUUUCUCCCAGCAGACCUGCAUUCAAACCAAAAAUCUUCAUCAAACACUUAUAGGUUUCUAAAUGCUACAGCUAGCAUUUUGUCAGUGCACCAGAAAAGGCAUCGUUCGAAACUCUAGUUGUACGACUCCGAAGCUUUCUCUCCAGUAUGAAUGUAAAUAUUGUUUCAGUUCUUAUAAAGGAGACUUUUUUAAAAUUAGUACAAUGGAUUUUAUUUAUGGUUUAUGUUCCCUUUCACUUUAGACACAAUGCAUUGGAAAGGAAAACGUUUUCUGGCUGUUUAAUUUAUUUUUAUUGUUUGAGCAGGAAGUAAACGUAGUUAUUUCUGACAAGGUUUUACUUUUUUUGUAGUUUAUCAAGCAAUAGACUGUAAAAGUAAAAUGUUAAUCACACUGAAACUAGAAAAUGAACUCCCAGUCUCACAAACCCAGGAGGUCCCUGUCUCUUCCCCCUCUGUCUUUGUGUUCAGGUGGUUUUUUUGUUUGUUUUGUUAGUAAUUUGCUAUUUAGUUGAACCUUUCUGUGUAUUUUUUACAGAAUUCCAUGUGCCUUUCUUCCUAGUGGCCUUACCUUUGUUACUAAAGCACAGUGGCAGGAGGAAUAAAAACACUGAUUUGCAAAUAUCCGUCCUCAGGGCCAAAUCCUGAUGCCUUACUUCUGCAAGUAUAGCCGCAGACUUCGGUGCCCCUACUUGCACGAGUAAGAGGAGUUUUAAGUCCAUUGGUCGUCGUGUGUGACAUUUACUAGUGGUGCAGAGAGCCAAAGAUAGGUCCUUCUGCAGCACGUCAGCAGGGCAGGAGGAGUCCAGAGAGGGACCAUGGGCAGAGCAGUUGUGCUGAGGGAAAGGUCUUGGCUCCAGCCUCGGGCAGAUGAGCAGGAAAAAGGUUGGAUGGGCAGGCUAGGGAAGGGAGCCCUAUGUUUACGUGGACCCAUGGGCCAAAUGGCCCGUGUGGGAGGGCUUCAGCUGCUGUUCGAGCAAGCAGGCCCCCAUCCAGGAGUGCACUUAAACAUGUAUUUAUAUAUCCUUCCAGAAUAAGCAGCAUGGGGGCUGAUGGUGGGAAAUGCAGCUGCCCAAAGCAGCCGUGGUCUCUGCCUGGCUCCUCUCCCUUCAGCCUUUUGCACUGUGCCAGGGAUAGCAGAAGCAGGCAGGCUCUGGGCAGGUGGAACACGUCUUACCUUUCCUCCAGAGGAGUUUUUGUAGCAUGAAAAAGCACAUCCAUAAGCUUUAAUAGAAGAAGAAUGCAGAUGUAUAAAAAUGACAUGCUGUUAAUCUUUGUGGCUUGGAUUUGUUUUGUUUUUAAUUCUAAUGUGAAUCUAUACAGUAACUAAAGCAUUUAUUCAUCCUCAGCAGGAGCCUGGUCCAAAGCCUUUGGAAGGCUGUGGUAAAUGCUUUUGUAAGCUUCUGUGGUCUCUGAUUCAGGCUUAGGUCAAAACAAGAUCACUUGUAAAGGACAAAAGAAAAAGAAGGGAAAGGAAAGAGAACAGAGGUAGCACAUCCCAGACUGUUUCGGUCUUGAUUGUUAACUGGCUCUGUGGAAAGCCUUUGAGGAAUGAAGGGUUUUCUUCUGUGCGCCGUGAGCAUGGCAUAGGCAUCCUGGCUAUUGUUUUGCACUAUAUUGAAUACAGCAUGUUUUGUAAGGUAUUCUGUGGAACCUCAAAGCUGAGCUCUGUUGGCAAUCACUGGAGUCCACGCUGGGAGCCCGAGUCUGUAGAGUUGCAGCGAGAGGGAAGGGCAAGUGUGCAAGGUGUGCACAUUGCCAUAGUACCGAGUCACUGAUGCUCUGCAAGCAGAAGCAGCCCAGAGGCUGCUCCCAAGCAAAAAAAGUUGUUUAAGGCAAGCUCUUUAAAUGAGAGAUUAUCACAAGCAGAGCAUGGAGCUAUAUGUUCCCCUGGCACAACUCCCCUUGACAUUCAUAGGGAUCUCCACGUGAAUAGGGAAUUGGAUAGUCCAGAGUUCUCUGCCCUGCUUGUUUAUCUGCUUGCUGGGCUCUAGCACAAGCACUCUGCCUCUCACCUUUUCUUCACCCAUAAAACCAAGGUGCUGGUGUGGAUAACAGCUGUAUGAGUUUGCAUGAAUUUGUUCAGCCGUUAGGAAAGCUAGAAGGACCCUGUGUCUUUGUCAUAUUAGUGGAGAAUGUGUGUGGCUCUGAAGGGAGAUGUUUGGGGCUUAACAUUUUCUCUGUGAAGCUCAGACUAUAUUUGGAGACAAGCUAGAGAGCAUUUCAGAGCCCUCUCGGUUGUUGAUGUGAUCAGGUCUCAUAGCUGAGAGGACUGUGGUGUUACGCCAGUACCUGUUACUUUAAUUUUUCCUCCUUUGCAUUUGUUGUGUUACUGAGGUUCUGAAUUCCAUAGCUUUGCAGCACAGUUGGCAAUGAAAACUGUGUGUGCUGUUACAGUGGCGUGUAGUUUGGAGUGUCUGGUACUUCUGGUAGGAGAUUUCUCCAUGGGAGCGGAGAAUGUACAUAAAAGCAUUGGACUGGGACAAAGUAAGAUGAAUCUAUUCUAGUCUUCCAGAUAUCCAGUAACUUAUUUUAUUAUUAUGUUUUACUACUUCUUUUUCCCAUUGAAAAUAAGUGUCAUUCCCUCCAGAUAACGUAGUUAUAACCUCCUGUUUUCUGCAGGUACAUAUGCACAAUAUAAACACUCAUUGCACGGUACAGUGUUUUUUAAAUAGAUAUUUAAAUAGUAGUUUUACUCCUACUGUAAAAUAAGGGUCAGUUUUUAUUAUGUGGCCCUCAAGCAAGCAGGCUAACUGCUCUAAAUAGACAGUACACAAAGUCCCAAUAAGCGUCUGGGGCUGGAUCUUUGGCUGCUGUAAAUAAGGCAUUGCUCCACUGAUCCCCAAACUGAGGAUUUUACACGGUGUUAAGGGGUGGACCUGCUUUGGCAGGGGGGUUGGAGUAGGUGGUCUCUAGAGGUCCCUUCCAACCCCUACCAUUCUGUGGUUCUGUGAUAUGGAUGCUCAUCUCCCUCACAUGUGAGUGGCAGUGAGUGUCCAAGCCCCACAGACAGUCCUUAUUAUCACAUUCUGUUAUUUAAAUGGAAAGUAUGUCUAUCUGGCAUACAUGUCCCUUCUCUCUCUCUGUCUCUGCCCCUCUCAGGAAUGGAUGAGAAUAAAAGAUCAUUUCAACUUCAUUAUGUUUGUAACUUGUUAGUCCACUGGAAAUCUUACAGGAAACAUUGCCAAAUUCUGCUACUUCUCUAGUCCUAGACUCAGCUUUGAGAAAAUAUAGUUAAAGCAAAUUCCUACAAAGCAUGAUGUUAAAAACCCCUUUAUUCUUUACAACUUAAAGCUGCCUCUGUUUCACCCAGAGAAACAGAAUAUAUUAAAUUGAAUUCUCAGUCUGGACUAUUUGCAGCAUUAUUCCUGUGGUCUUUCCCAAAAGGACAUUUCAGCCACAGAAAUCACAGAUGUUGUCGGCCAGGUCCUCGGCUGGGCUCUACUAGCACAGUCCCACUGACUUCACUGUCCUUCCCCACCAGCCGGGAGUAUGGUCCAUUCAUUUCAUUGGAGCUGGGUCAGGGAUGGAUUAGGCCCAGUGUACAAAGAUAUCUAUUUGGCAGCAUGAACCAGUGCACAAGGAUGACAGACGACUGAACAGUCACAGUCUAUCAAAGCACAUACCUCUUUUCAUUUACUGCUUUACCCUACCUGUGGAUUCAGGAAGACACGUUCAGAAAGUUAUUUUACCCAGAAGUAAGGACCUCUUGUUGUUGUUAGUGUCAAUCCUAGAUGAAGGACAAUAACUAACAGGUUCUGACUUCAAAUCCUGCAAAAUCACCUCAAUAACUGUUUUCAGGUAAAUUAAGCAGGACAGAAUUUGGCCCCCUGAGUGCAGAAGCUUUUCUCAAAUGUAGGUUUCCAGUGUCUGUGCACUGUUCUUAGCAGGGGCAGAUGAAAUGCCAAGAGAGUGCAUCCCUCUAGUUUGAUAUUAAAAAUGGGCAGGAUUCCCAGGGGCAUGAAUUGCCUAGUGCUUGUGGUCGAGAAGCAUCUCAAAUCAUAAAAAGAAUAGUGAUUCUCUAACUCUGGAAACAAAAGUAAUUACAUUUUACAAGCAACGAGACCCAAAGUCUUCCUGUAUCCCCUAGCAGUUAUUAUCUUGAAGGAUAUUUUAUACCUUACUUGUAUGUUUCAUAUAAUUUAAAACUCGCUUCUUCUUAACUCAAGGAGGGAGUGAAUCUUCUGUCUUUCAGGAUUCACAUUCAGAGGAUGUUUGUUUGUUCUUUUGCUGCAUGUACUGUUUGUCCAGAACUAACCAAUUAUUUCUGUGAUGUGGGUUUAUUGUGCCUUACAACAAAUAUGAAACUUAAUCAGAAUGUACGCAUUAGAGGAGGGAAUAACCAGAAGACUUUACUGCACUGUUAGGUGAUGCUGCCCCAGAGUGUAUCAUCAAACGUAUCUGUGCUUAAUUACCCAACCAAAGAGAUCUAAAGUAUGUAUGUUUGUUGUACUGUAAUAGGGGUUUGUGCCUGGACAAUUAAGUGUUUUAUUUGUAUUCUGAGAUGAUGUGAACUUAUUUUUCUAAACACUAUACUGAAUAAACUUUAUAUUUAUACACA